AUUUGACGUUUAAUGUCAUAUUAAUAAUCACAAUCACGAGUGAAUCAGAUUGUUAAAUAAUAAACAAGUUUCUACAAGUAGACGAAGUCUAAUCAGAAGUCUUUAAAGUUAGAUUACAUAUGUUAAAGGUAUUUAAACUAUGCAGCCAAUAAUUAAAAAGAUUCCAGGUAUUCUGCCACCUCCACCAAAAACUGAAAUCGAUGGCAAGAUCACAGAUUUAUCAUCAAAGACUAUCGCAGAACUAUGCGAGUUACGAGACAGGCAACUGAAAUUAUUGAACAACAAGGCUUUUAUAUCCAAGCUUCCUGACAAGGGUGCAAAAAUCCAGGCGUUUCAUGAUAAAAUCGUUAGUGAAUUGAAAGCGAAGCAGGAAGAAGAACAAACUUGUCGUAUGUUUGAUAACAUGAAACUGAAUGGUGUUGACAAAGACGUUGUGCAACAAGUAGAAUGGGUUGGCAAAAUACAAGACAACAAUAACACGUACCUCGAUUCUGAUGACGACAGUGAACCAGAAGACGUUCUUCACAUCCUCAGCCAAACCACAGCUCCAGAGAAGCAAGUAAAAGUAUUACCGCCAGAAAAACCGCUUAUAACUACAGAAGACUUGUUAAAGAUAGGUGAACUGCCUCAUGUGAAGUACAUAGUUGAAAAAACAGAAGUUAAACCAAAACCCAAAAGUACAGGCAACUUCAAACCUUUUAGGACAACAAAAUCUGAUUCCCAAAACCCAGAGAAAGAGAUUCUGAGGAAAAAGCAUAAACAUUGGGAAGUGACAGCUGCUACUCCCCCUCCCAGUGUUCAUGGUCCAGCCAAAGUGUUGUCUAUUGAAGAGUCUUUGAAACUCCAAAAAGAAUACAAUGCACAUUUAAAAGAAAUAGAGGCACAGCAUGCUGCUGAGAAACUGUUGGCUCGUGCAGGAAUCAAGAUGGCGGAGUUGCCUGAAGAUAAAAGUAGCUUUGGAAAGUAUAGGAAUGUGGACAGCGAUGAUUCUGAUGCAUCAGACCCUGAGGGCAGUGACAAGGAGGUGCAUGAUGAAGAACCGGAGAGAGGUGGAGUGGUAUUCACUGUCAUGAAAUGAAGACUUAAUUAGAACUGAGUUAGAAAUGAACAAAUCAAAGUGGUUAGAAAUUAAGUAGGAUCUGCGAUCCAAGAUAUGUAGUUGACAAAUACCUAUUGUUUUGUAAUGAGUUUAUGUAAAUAAUGCAAAGUAAUGUAAUGUAAAUAAAAUAUUUUCUUAAAA